GCUAGUUCUCGCUAGGCUUUGAAGCAAUUCCAACAUGAUGAAGGUGCAGACAGUGCGCGGUCCGGUCGAUCCGGAACAGCUCGGCUACACGCUUACGCAUGAGCAUUUUUCGUUGAACUUCGACAAAAUGUACUCCGCACCACCGGACGCGGUCGAGGAGUUCGUGAGUCGGCGCAUCACGCUGGAAAAUGUGGGCUACGUGCGCCAGUACCCGUACGGGAGCCGGUACAACAUCAACUUCGAGGACUUUGACACGCACCAAGCAGUCACGCGUGACGUGCUGGCGUAUCGCAAGUUCGGUGGUGGUGCGAUCGUCGAAAACACGUCCCACGGGCUCGGGCGCAACCUGAAGCUGAUGCACGAGGUAUCGACGGAGGCAAAUGUGCACGUGAUCGCCGGCACGGGCCAUUACAUUCACGCGAUGCAGGACGACGCGACACUCGGGCUGAGCGUCGAACGGAUGACGGAUCUGUACACGAAAGAGUUGCUGUUUGGCGUGGAGGUGGACGGACUCGCUGAACCGGUGAAGUGCGGAUUCAUCGGAGAGGUCGGAAGUGGCUGGCCAAUUAGCCAUUUUGAGCGUAACGCCAUCCAAGCGACGGCGGAAGUGCAGGCCGCUAUCGGAUGUGGCGUAUCGUUCCAUCCGGGUCGGGAAAGGGAUGCACCGUUUGAGAUCGUGCGGUUGUACCUCGAGGCGGGUGGUAGUGCUGCUAAAUGCGUCAUGUCCCACCUAGACAGGACACUGUUCUCCGACGAGGAUUUGCUGGAAUUCGCACAACUCGGCACGUACUGCCAGUUCGAUCUGUUCGGUACGGAGUGUUCGUACUAUCAGCUGAAUCCCGAAUCGUACAUGCAGUCGGACGAACAGCGCAUCCAGAAGAUCAUGAAAAUGAUCGGCGAAGGAUACGCGGAGCGUAUCCUGAUGGCACACGACAUCCACACCAAGCACCGGCUGACCUCUUUCGGUGGGCACGGUUACAGUCACAUCCUGAACAACGUCCUGAUGCGGUUCUCGUUGCGCGGUGUCGACAUCAAGACGGUUGACACGAUGACCAUCAGCAAUCCGGCUCGCUGGUUGGAGAUGAAGGUGUAG